UACAUUUUCUGACUAUAGGAAUGAAAAUCAAACUAAUUUUGAGACAAUGAAAAUGAAAGUGCACCCAAAAAAACUCCCGUUACGUAUUUUCCUUUGAUGAACGGCAGAGGCCGUUAACCGGGACUUAAGGCAUCUUGUGGGGAAAGUACUGGCGGUUUCUCCGCGUCACUCCCCUGCGUUACGUAACCCGAAGGAGCGGUGACAUUAAGCCAGGGGCGGGGCGUCUGUUGAGUGACAGCCACGUCCGCCAAUCACAGCCUCGCCCUACGUCACGCCUGUUGUGUUUAAAGGGACUGUGUGGCAGCCUCCAGUCACAACUCCCAACUACGACAACGAAGACGACACCGAGAAACAUGGAGAAGAAAAUACACCAGAGUAUUUGACGGAAGGAACAAUCCUCCACCCCCGGAAAAAAUGGCGCCCGCUUGGCCGACGAUGAAGCGACAGCAAAUCGAUCCUUAUCUGUCUCAGACGAAGACGCGAAAUCUGUUGAUUUUCGACGAGGAAUAUCAGAAUACGUGAGGAAUUUGUUUUCAGUUGACAAAAACAGCCGUUGGUUCCCAGCCGUUUGAAAAAGAAGGGGUUAAAAAUGGCCGCGGUUGUCGGCUCCGAGAGGACGGCGAUGGAGAGGUUCGGCAGCGGGGGGAAGGCGCUGCUCCCGUGGACUAAACAGAUGCUCACCGGGCUGUGGGAGCAGCUGCGACUGCUGGUUCAGGUCAUCUACUACACCUUCAUGUCAGUUUUCCAGAUGUUCCGGUUCGAGGUCCACGUGAGAAUCACGGACGAGACGGGUCAACACAUCCAGCACAUGACCACGGCGGCCAACCCCAGCGACUCCUUCCUGUUCUCCUCGCUGUUCGACGGCGACGGCGGCGUGAUGGUCGGCGGCGCCAACCCCCUCUCCAACCUGGGCGACCCCUUCGCCGGCAAAUCCCCCGCCGAGGCGCUGCUGUCCACGCUGCGCGCCGACGACCUCUGCUGCGGCCUGGUGGACCAGUCCGGCUGGAAGGUGGGCUUCCCCGGCGGCGACUGGAACAUCUUCCUGUCGAGCAGCGACAGCUCCAACGACGGCGUCCGCAAAACCGCCGACCGCCGGGCCUCCAAGCAGGAGGCGUCCGAAGACGAGAGGAGUUUCCGCUGGAGCGGCGAAGAAGACCAGAGCGUCCCGGAGUUCGACAGCGAGGAGAGCGACGCGCUCUGGGAGUCGCUGUCCAGAUCCAGCGACCCGUACAACACGUUCUUUUUCUCCGCGUGCAUUUCCACCAACGCGAAGGCGAGCCGGAGUAAAAGCGACGCGGCGGAGAGCGGCGGCGACCUCGCGGCGGCGGCGGGCGAGGAGGCGCCGCCGCCCCGCGGCCUCGCCGUCCGGAGCGGCCACUCCGACAGCGAGAGCAGCUGGAGCAGCUGGGCCGGCUCCGAGGGCUCGGGCCCCGACCUCGACGAGGAGGGCGAGCGGCUCCUGGAGUUCUUCAGCCGCCCCGACGACCCCUACAACCCCAUGUGCUUCACGGCGCGCACGCAGCCGCCUCGCGCCGCCGAACCACGGGCCGCCGAACCACGGGCCGCUCUUCCUCCGCCCGCCGGCAAGCUGGACACUGAGGAAGAGGAGGAGAAGGAGGGCAGCUGCUCGCCGUCGUCCGAGGACGACGAAGAGCAGCUGUGGACGUCUUUCGGCCAAAAGCACGACGACCCGUACCACCCGCUCAACUUCCGGGCGUGCCUCCAGAGCUCCCCGACGGCGCCGCCGCCGCCUGGAGGACGCGUACAAAACCCACCGGAGAAACAUGAACAAGAGUCCCGGAAACCCGACGCCGCCACGCCCUCGCCGCCAGACAGGAAGUCGAAGUGUCACUCCCACCCAGACAGAACCCUGGUGCCCUGGAGGAGAACGGGAGGAACCCGGCGACCGGCGCCGGAGGAGAAGACGACGAGCGGCGCCCGCAAACAGGUCCGGUUCUCUCCUCUGGUCCAGGUCCACGUGAUGCGCACCUGGCCGUUCGCCCGCCAGGCGUCCCGCAAAGGACUCUGGGAGGAAAUGGUGCGGGACCGGGACCGCUUCCGGAGGCGUGUCCGUGACGCCGAGGACGCCAUCGGCCGCUGCCUCGCCGCGCCCCACAGGGAGAGGAUGCGGGCGCAUCUGGACGGUGCCUUGAAAUAAAUAAAAACCUCCACCCCCCGAACACUGAAUGUCGCCCCCCUCCCCUCCCCCCCAUUUCUUUCUUUUCCUGAACGAGAACUUUUUAUUUUUUUAUUUUCGGCCACUUAGGAUUUUGCUGUCGGGCGAUCGCUGCACCGACCGCCACUUUGUCCUCUCGCCUCAGCGUUGUCGUGGUUACGCCUUAUGUACUGACCUAGCAAUGUAGACCCGCUACGCCCCACGGAGCUUGUCAUUUAUUUUUUGGUGUUUUUAUAUGUGCGAAAAAACAAAACUCCAGUGGCGACUCUAGAAGUUAAAAGACGAAGAUUUUGACGAAGAUUUUGUCACUAGGCGCUUUCGCCGAAUCAAUAAAAUGUGUUCCGCUGUAUCGUCGUUCUGUCGUCGGGUCGGACAGAGAGUUGUUGUUAUUUAUUCUACUGGACAUAAACCUGAAUGUAAACGCAGAGCCACUUCCUGUUUCUAGUCACGCUGUUUCCUGCCUCGAGUGUAAUAGGAGAAGUGGACAACGAGCCCCAGGACUAUGUAAACACACACACACACACACACUGAGUCAACUCUGAGUUUUUUGUACGGACUCCCUCUGAGGGAAUGGUGAGAUAAAAUGAAUUAAAAUGUCAUAUCUUAAGAUGUUACCAAAA